GCCAGCUCAUCCCCGGCCUGACCCGGGCCGGGCGGGCGCGCCCCGCGGGCUGGCGGCCUCACCGCGGCCGCCCUCGGAAGAGUCGGCGGGCCGGGAGUUCGCCUGUUGCUGCGCGGCUGGGGCGAGCCCCGGCGUUUGACAGGAGCGGGGAACGAGGCGUGACAGCGGCUCGGCCGGCCGCGGGAGGGUGUCAGCUCCGGGUCCCCCCCGACACCCCCCUGGGUAACCCCGAUACCCCCCGGGUCCUCCCGGGCCGGCGCCGCCGCGUUUCACGCGUGACGAACUGUUGGGUCUCUCAGCGCUGAGCAGUGCGCGCUGCAAGUUGCGCUCCCCUUCCUCCGCCUGCAGGAGCAAACAAUGCCCUUCUCCCUGCCUUGGGUUUGUGCAGACAGUACUCUCGGCGGGGCAGCGCCGUUGCUUCGGUACAGAAGGGCAUAACUGUUACGGGGAGUGAAAACAAACAAAGCCCCAGCGUCUGUCUAUUACAGUCAUUAAAAUCGAUUGCCAGAGCUUAUCUUGGUGCAAAUUCUGUUGAUAAAUCUGGUUUUGUUGGUAAGAUGCACCUCCUUCAGCUUGAAUUUUGGAUCUGUUCUUUACUGAAACGUUUAAGGGAAGUGUAAACCAAAGUCUUCCAGCCCAUUCCUUAAUUUCAUAGGGAAGUGAAGCGACUUUACAAAGCGUCUUUUGUUCUCUCCUGUUCUUUCAUGAAUUUAAAAAAAAGUAGGAAAACUAUGAAAAUAGAAAACAAACAUUGAACAGUAUCUUACUAUUUCGCGGGCAGGGAACGAGUGGUAGUGGACGCAGCUAAAUACUUUAUGUAAAUAAAGAAUGUGAAGUGAAUAGAUGUUAAAUUGUUGCUGUGUGUUCCGUUUCAUUUGUUGUAUUUAGAUAUUUCAUUUUGACAACAGUCAAGUUUGUUUAUCCUUACAGAAAUAAAAAUUAAAACUGAAUUAUGUCUGUUAUUAAGUGGCUUUUUCAGCUGACAUAAAAGAAUCCUGUGCUUGUGACCAGAAGCACUAGAUUAAGCAGAGGAAUUAACUGAAAACUGUAGAACUGUUGAAACACGUGUCGUGUACUGUUUUCCCUGUUUGUGUCCCCCCCAGCAUGUUACACGUUUGAAAUGUCUUAUGUAAUGGCCCAGUGAUGCAUGAGUAUGAAAUCUGUGCCUUUGCUGUCUGAGGAAGAUGUUUCUAAAAAGGUUUUGUAGUAAGAUGUCUAUUUUCCCUUCCUCAUCUUGAUGCCAGUCCAAGUCUCUUGAGCAGCUUACAAUCUCUAUAAGGCACGUCUUAAUUUGCACUGUAGUUUAUUAUAUGUAAUUAUUAAUUUAAACUGUUAAAUGGUUAGGAUGAGCAGUAAGGUUGCUUUGAGAAGUCUGCUUUGGGUCGGGCUUACUCUGUGUUGGGCAGGUGCUUGGUGUCGGGUUUGAUUCUUGGCUGUGUUGGAACUGGGGGUGGCGGAGAUGUUUUUGUCGGUGACAUCUCUCUGGGAAGCAGUUAGGGUAUAGCUGUGUGUGUGCCACUGCCUUUUCUCACUUGUCUCUGUUGAGGUAGGGGCCUGCUUUGUUGUGCCACUGGAGUGGGAAUUACAUGUAUGUAGCUUUUUGGAUCCAGAUGCCUGAACACGUUAUGCUUGUUGCUGCUCUUAGUGGUGCAGGAGGUAGCAGCGGAGACAGGCUUUUGCUUCUUAUGUUCAAAAGGGUUUAUACUGCCUGUGUUUUAGUCAUAUAUUCACUCCUACUGUUCUGUUUCAAUCUUCCCCAUUGUCCCUGUGGUAUUCCCUUUAUCCUAGAAUGUUUAUUCAAGGUGUAACUUCUCUCUUAUGGAGUACAGUUUUCCUAUAUGGAAACAUUGGUGAGCUGUUUUCGUUUUAUGCACAGGCUUCUGGUUUCACAACUUGAACUGAUGAAAGUUUUGAUAUAUGAUGGUGUAGAUGAUGGGUUAAUUUUUGACUUGAGUUGAUUUAAUAUUUUGAGUUUGUUACGUUCUCUCUUGCCUGUGUCAUAAAGAAGAUGAGAAGGCUGGUGCUAGAAUACAAAAGGGGUCUCUCUGCUCAGUGUGAUUUUCACUACACUUGCACCCCAGUCAAUGUUCAUAACUGACCUGAGCCAUUGAGGCUGGUAGAGAUCCAUCAGCAGCAAUCAUGGUAAAAUUUUGACUGUGCUUUGUACUGUACACAGAUCUAAUUUGAGAUUCCUGCAACUCAGUAAUUGCUUUAAUAGUGAACUCAGUGAGGCAUGGCAAGAAGCUAUGCUUCUGUACCUUAGAAAAUCCAUGUCUAUACACUGCACUUAGUUUGUAAGUUUUAGCUCUGCGGAGAAGGAAGUGUGGUGAGGACCACUGACUUUCAGUUGUUUUCGGCAUUUAGGCCUGAAGGUGCAGAGAACACUUAUUUGAAGUAUUUGUAAUAGCUGGAACCAUUAACGUCAAUAAUGAACAACAACAGAAUCGUUUGGUCAGCUGAAGGUCAUUAAUUCCCAGUGGUAGUAGCUCUGGUCCCCAAAUAAUGUUAUGCAUUUUUCCUCUGUUCUUCAUUCAUCUCUAAAUAAGCUGUCUGCACAACUGUAUGCAGCAGGAGAAAGUCCUGCCCAGUUCCCUAUCCUUCAGGACUGAAUUUUCAACAGGGGGAACUUGUGUGCAUGGCAAACAGUAGAUACUUGCUCCCUGGAUUUGCAAUUUAGAAUGAAAAGGCUAGAUAGUCUGAAGUUCUAAGCAGCAUGACCUUCCUUUUCAGAAUAACCACAGCCUAUUCCUUCUACAGAUAAGCUCAACUGUCUGCAUUCUGUAUGAUUUUACUGACUUGCAUUCCAAAGAUCAAUUUUGCUUUCACGAUGUUCUAGCAAUUGUUGUGUUCAAAGCCCUUGUGCCUGAAGAAUUAUCCCAGGCAUAUCCUAAGUAUUGUGAAUGUUCUUUAAAACCUAUCUUGAGUACCUCAGAAGUGCCAAAAUACAGAAAACAAGAAAAUGGACUUGCCAUGUCCUGGAGAGAAAGGAAAUAACCAGUAAGAGGCGUAAGUGGCUUUGCAUAGGAGAAAAGUAUAGGUAUUCCUGUCUGCCAGAGCUGGCACAAAGCUGUUUUCCUCUGUAUCUCCUAUUUCUAUGACUGGACCAGCAUGUAGCGGAAAAGGUGACAUUGGCUACUGCCAGUGUACUUUCUGUCACUUGGCUUCAGCUUUUGUAAAACAUGAUGAGUUGAAGCCUGUGCUAAAGAUAAACUGGUAGAAGUUGUUCUUUAACUUGUUUGGGUUUAGGCAGCUUUUUUUUUUUUUUGCACAUUAGUAGAUUUAGUAGAUUGAGCUUGUGUUGGCCGUGUAGCAGCAGUUGUAGAAAUAUAACACUUUUUCAGAUCCCAUACUAUUAUUUUCCUUUACCUUAGCUUGUCUCUUUCAGUGAGUUGUACAAAGAGUAAAGCAACAGUACAGGCUUUGCUUUUCCUAGUAAUAGUUAAAAGCAACAUUUUACUUCUUUAAUGAUUGCACAUAUGUAUAUUUGUUUUAAAUUCUGUCCCUGCAGAUGGAGGAGAAAAGCUGUUGCUAAAUAGCUUGCUGAUGCGAGAGGUCACAGUAGGAAGUGAGGUGUAAUGGUGGGGACCUUGGAGUGCUUCCAUUAAUUUGCUUAGUGACUGAGUGGCAUAUCCAAAAAGUGGAUGUUCAGGAUAACAUGUCCAAUGUGUCGGAAGAGAGAAGCACUAGACAACAGGACAUUAAGAAAGGACUCCAGUUUAUAGAAUCUACUUUGCCCUAUCCAGGGACGCAAGAACAAUAUGAGUUAUUUAUACGUGAGCUUGUUAGAAAUCUUUUUAAUGAAGGGAAUGAUGUAUAUCGAGAAGGUGAUUGGAGAGGAUCACUGAGUCACUAUACAGAAGCUAUAAAUAUAGCUGAUUAUGCUAAUUCUGAAGAAAUCCAUGUUUCUGAUGAUGUUUUAGAGAAGUUGCACGUGAACAGGAUAGCAUGUUUUUCAAAUAUGGGAUUGCAUGAAAAAGUUUUAGAAGACUGUGAGAUAGCAUUAAGAUUGAAUGAAAACAAUUUCAGAGCUCUCUAUCGGAAAGCAAAAGCUUUGAAUGAACUGGGAAGGUAUAAGAAGGCUUAUGAUGCUGUAGCAAAAUGUUCUCUUGCUGUGCCGCAGGAUGAAAGUGUAAUUAAGCUUACCCAAGAACUAGCUCAAAAACUAGGAUUAAAAAUAAGGAAAGCGUAUGUAAGAGCAAAGCCACCCUCCUCAAAUUCAGUUUCUAGCAAUGAUGUAUCAACUCAGAAUUCUUCUGUAGAAGAUAUUGAGUUAGAUUUAUCUGAUCAGAAGCAAGAGAUGGUUUCUGCUGCUUCUUCAUCAAACUUUGUUUCUGAAGUGUCAAAAGUGUCAUCCGUACCUGUACCAGCUUUAUCUGCUGUUAUGCCCCUUCAAUUAGAAAAGGUUUCUUUGCCUUCUGCAGUGUUGGCAAAUGGAGGGAAUGUUUCUUUCUCUAUGCCAGAAGCAUGUUUAGAUUGUGGAGAUGGAGAUAUAAUUAUUGGGGAAGAACUUGAUGAAUUACUUGAUUCUGUGCCUGAUCCAGAUGAAAGUGUAAUGCAAACUACAGGACCCAGGGGACCUAUUCCUGCAGGAAGCGUUGCUCCUAGUGUACCUUUCUCUGCCUCUUUGCUGGGGACGCUGCCAGUUAGUACAGGAUUUGUUCCUUCACCUUCUCUUUCAGAAAUCUUUUCACAGCCUUUGGCUUCUUCACUGGAAAAUUUUUGUUCACCAUUAAGCACCUUUUCAAUCAGUGACCCAAAAAGAGACCUCUCAAGUUCAGCUUCUAGGGAUGGAACACCGACACUCAGCAGCAAUAAUUCCCCGUUGUUUAUAAAUGGCCCUAAUAGUUUGUUUGGGUCUGAAAAUUACAUGGGAAUUACAGGCCAAACUAGAAAUGACUUUUCAAAUGUUUUUAGCAGUGCAACUGCUAAUAUACCUGCAUCUUCAGCACUUGUGGGAAGAAACCCAUUAGAAGGUACACAUGAGCUAAGACAGGCCUGCCAGUUAUGUUUUGUCAAAAAAGGUCCUAAAUUAUUGGAUUAUGCUUACCAUCCCAGUUUAGAACAUAAGUGUAAGAAGGAUAUUCUAAUUGGCAGAAUAAAAAACUCUGAAGAUAAAUCAUGGAAAAAAAUACGUCCAAGACCAACAAAGACACAGUAUGUGGGACCAUAUUAUAUAUGUAAAGAUGUUGCUGCUGAAGAGGAAUGCAGAUAUCCAGGUCACUGCACGUUUGCAUAUUGCCAAGAAGAGAUAGAUGUGUGGACACUGGAGCGCAAAGGAGCCUUCAGUCGAGAAGCUCUUUUUGGAGGAAAUGGAAAGAUUAACUUGACUGUGUCCCGACUUCUUCAAGAACAUCAUGGAUUAUUUAUGUUUCUUUGUGAGAAAUGUUUUGAUCACAAACCCAGAAUAAUAAGCAAAAGGAACAAGGAUAACUCAUCUUCUUGUUCUCACCCUGCUAUGCACGACUUUGAAGAUAACAAGUGCCUUGUCCACAUUUUGAGAGAAACUAUGGUGAAAUAUUCCAAAAUCCGCCCUUUUCAAGUUCGAUGUCAGCUUGACCUGUGCAGACAUGAGGUGCAUUAUGGCUGCUUACGAGAGGAUAAAUGCUUUUAUGCUCACAGUCUGAUAGAGCUUAAAGUCUGGAUAAUGCAAAAGGAAACAGGUAUUUCACAUGAUACUAUCGUUCAAGAAUCAAAGAAAUACUGGCAGAACAUGGAAGCUAGUGCACAUGGAUCACAGAUUCUUGGGAACCAAAUGAAAUAUGGAUCACUUAACUUGAAGAUGAAGUUUGUUUGUGGUCAGUGCUGGAGAAAUGGUCAAGUUAAUGAGCCAGACAGAAACAAAAAAUACUGUAGUGCAAAAGCAAGGCAUCCAUGGACCAAAGAUCGCCGUGUGGUGCUAGUAAUGUCUAAUGAACGUAAGAAGUGGAUGACUAUUCGUCCUCUUCCCGCAAAGAAACAAGUGCCUCUGCAAUUUGAUUUGUGCAAUCAUAUUGCUUCAGGCAAGAAAUGUCAAUAUGAUGGGAACUGCUCAUUUGCUCACAGUCCUGAGGAGAGAGAGAUGUGGACCUAUAUGAAAGAGAAUAGCAUUCAAGACUUGGAGCAGUUGUAUGACAUAUGGCUAAAAAGUCAAAAACCAGAAAAAGGAGAUGAUACAGCUGCUCAGGCAAACAAAGAAAAUGGGAAGCAAAUUCACAUGCCCACUGACUAUGCUGAAGUUACAGUGGAUUUUCACUGUUGGAUGUGUGGGAAGAACUGUAAUAGUGAGAAGCAAUGGCAGGGUCACAUUUCUUCUGAAAAGCAUAAAGAGAAGGUUUUCCAUACUGAGGAUGAUCAAAACUGCUGGCAGUAUCGCUUUCCAACUGGAUAUUUUAGCAUUUGUGAUAGAUAUAUGGCUGGUACUUGCACUGAAGGAAACAACUGUAAAUUUGCCCAUGGAAAUGCUGAACUCCAUGAGUGGGAAGAACGAAGACAAGUUUUAAGAAUGAAGCUCAGCAAAGCAAGAAAAGACCACUUGAUUGCCCCCAGUGAUAAUGACUUUGGAAAAUAUAGUUUUUUGUUUAAAGAUUUAAACUAAUACGGAAAUGACACAUACAUAUUAGCGGGAAGCAUAAACCAGAAAAUUUGACAAUAAUCAAAAGCAUGUGACAGAAAAGCUGCAGGUUUUCUGCUUUUAUUGGCAUAUAUUGUUCCUCCUGAACAGCAAAAUAUAGUAGAUUUAGGGGGACUGAGCAGACCUGUCUAUGCUCUCAUGAAACAGAGUGGUGAUUAAAAAAAAUCUGAAGUAUUACGUGCUUACUCACCUUCUGUUGGACAGAAAGAUAGGAAAUAGAAGGGGGGGAAGAGAGGUUAUAAUAUCUAGGAAGCCCCCUAGUAUCAGUCCUUCAGUUGAAAAACUUUUAAGGUAUCAAGGUAUUACAAAACAGAGUGUUAUGGGCUAAGAAGAAAAUGAUGGAUGAAAAUUCUUUAGAUCUUCUAAUGGAGAGGAUUUGUUUAAAACAAAGUUUGCUACUUAUCUAUAUGUAGGUUGCUAAAAAGGAUUUUCUUAUUAAAGAUUUUAAACAAAAUAACCAUUUAACUACAGUAUAUGUUGAAUGGGUAUUUUUUCUCUAUUUGUAUGUUUCAAUAUAAUUUACUGAAAAAGGAUCUUGGGAGGGAAAAAAGUAUUAAUUUUUGAAAAUGAAGUAGUUAAAAUUCUGUUUCUUGGUCUUUGCUGUUUAAAUGAUGAUUUCGAAAGAUUAAACUUGUAUGUCAGUAUUGUGUAUUGUAUGGACUAAUGUUGCCUGUAAUAAAGAGAACUUUACACAAAGCUGUUUUCUGCAUGUAGCCUCUCAGGAUUGAGACUUUGUAAAAACAAACAAAUGAUGAUUUGCCUGUUAGCAAAAGCUUCAGCACCUGUAGCUAAAAAUUUAAUAAGUUGGUACUUGUGUCUCCAGCUGCUUGUUUGCAGUUUUCUCUAUUGCAUCAUCUCAUGACUAAAAUAACAAAAAUGGCCAGCUAACUUGCAAAGUAGACAAAGCAUUUUGGAGCUAUGUGGUGCUGGGAUGCCUUUUCAGCCUUUUGACCUGGUUAGGAACCACCACCUCACCUGCAAGGUGGAUGGUACUUCAGAUGGCAUUUCCUGCAGACAGCAGGCAAUGGAAAACUGUUCAUGGGCUGAGACGACUUCUGACUGACAAGCCAUUUGGCUUUACGGUUGCUGGAGCUUCUGUUGCAUUUUGGCCUUUCCGCAGAUUAUGCUUUCAGGUUUUUUGUGUGUUCACUUAAUUCCUUUUUUUCUUUAAAUUAAGCUUUUUUCAGCCAUUCAUUCAACAUAACUAAAGCUAGGUUUCUUCCCCCCCCCUAUGACUGACUUCUCCCUCCUUUCAACAGUGUUUUCUCUGUUAUUGGCUGACCUUUUAUAAUUAGAAGAGCUUUAAGAAUGACUUCAGUAGUUUGAAUGUAGUCAUUGGCUGUAUAUUGUGUACGUAAGAAGUGUUCAACCAAAGUUCAGUGAUACCUGUACCCAUGACAAGUCUGGAUGCUGUGUCCCUUCAACUUCACAAAAUAAAAGCACAACGACUAUAAAAACACCACCUUCUGCUUCAGCCGUAGCUUGGGGAGCUUGUGCGGUAUCUGUUCCUUGCAGGCUCAGCUGAGGUACAUUUGAAUACGAUGUACAGUAUGCAUACAAAAUCAGCUUAGUGCUUGAAAUGCCACCUGCUGCAGUGCUAAUUUUUUACAUUGUUUGUAAUAAACUGAGCUUGAAAUAGAGUACUAUGGACACUUAUUUCUGUGACAAAACCUGACUGUAUCGUGUGCCUUUCUGAAUUGUUUUCUCAGUUUUAUGCUGUCAUUGUUUAAUGUGAGUGCUCUGUAAGUUAUUGGAAGUAAUUCUAGACGAAACUAAACAUGAAAUCCUUGUUCUGUAA